AUGAAUGAUGAUGAUGAUAAUAAUAGUAUUAAUAACAACAUUGGUGAAUACAGUUUGAACAGGAAAGAUUCAUCUCCACAAGAAUCAUCAAUGCAUGAAUUGGCUACUCUGCUUCGUAAUUCACCGGCUUCAGGAAUUAGUCAAGAGUUGAUUGAUAUGCUUGCUAACAUGGCUCAACAAUAUGGAAUGCAACAAUCACGUACAGGUAGUCGUGCUAGUCGUCCAUCAAGUCAAGUUGCUCAACGUUUUAUCGAAGCCUAG